AUGAAGUUAGCUUGUCUCAUCUUUGCUUGCUCCGAGGCUGCCAGUGUUUGCUACAAUGAUGUUGGGUGCUUCACCGAUGAUCCCCCUUUCUCGGUUUCUGGGUAUCGUCCACGACGACUUCCCAAAUCGCCGAGCGAUGUUUUGACGGGUAUGUUCAUCACUAACUCCAAAAACCGCGUCGAGAGAGCAAUCACCUGGAACAACGUCAAUGAGAACCUCUUUGAGACAAACAAAAAAGUUGUUGUCAUGACUCACGGCUGGACCGACGAGUACGACGACAGAAGCUUCAUGACCAAGGCUCGAGACAAUUAUCUCAACCACCAGAACGUCAACUUCAUCAGCGUUGACUGGUCCAAGGGCUCGCAGAAUCUGGACUAUUUUCAAUCUGCGGCUGAUACUCAAACUGUCGGUAGAAUGAUCGCAAAGAUGCUGAGCCAGCUGAGCAUCAGGUCAAGCGAUUUCUACUGCGUUGGACAUUCUCUUGGAGGUCACGUGUGCUCCUAUGCAGCUAAAUAUCUCAAGUCGGAAUUCAGAAAAACCAUGGGACAAGUUGUUGGCAUGGAUCCUGCUGGUCCAACUUUUGAGAAGACAACGAAAGAAGUUCGAAUUGAUUACACCGAUGCUACUUUUGUGCAGAUCAUUCAUACCAAUGGCGGCGACGAAGAUGCCGGUUUCUUGGGUAUGAAUGCUGCUUUUGGCCACGCAGAUUUCUACCCCAAUGGCGGCGUUCGACAACCUGGCUGCAACAAUUUCAUUUGCGAUCACGGCGAGGCGCCAAAAAUGUACGUUGACUCUAUCACACACAACGGAUGCAACAUUCCUGUCUGCUCCAAAUCCAACUAUGAAGCCGGCCGCUGCACGAACUGCUUGAAUGGCUGCAACCGACUCGGGUGGAAUGUUAAGGGAUUUUGA